AUGCUCAUUAUUCCCGCCAUAUACGACUGGCGGCUAUCUCGGUGUGAGGAGGCCUAUUUAGAAACCACACGCCGGCGGGGCGCAAGCCCCAAAGGCACAAGCGUCGUCAUGGGUUCCCUCUUAGAGGAGUUCCUUCGGCAGGAAUGCCCCGAAGUAUGGGCAAAAUAUUUAAGCUUCGCGAGGGAACGGCGCCUUGUCGUCGAAUUCUCUAGCGACAGUCCGGCUUCACUGGCUGCCGCCUCGCCGCCAUCUCCGGUGCCCUCUGCGCCAGCUAUUGUGUCGCCCUCUGCGACAAUCGAAACGCCCGUCGCGUCGACCUCCGCCGCCGCGAUCGAACCUAACGCGCCUUCCGCGCAAUCAAUUUCGGCCCCCUUCCGCGCUGUCGUUCCCGACUCACAAUUGGACGGCGGCUCAGACAUGGAGGUCGAAACGACCCCCGCUAACAACGUGAACGCCGACGGCUUCACCGUCGUCAAAUCGCGCAAAAAGGGCAAGAAACGCCCCGCUACCGACAGCGACCUCGAAAGCGAGGCCGCCCGAAAGCGAGGACGUCAAACCGUCCCACCGCGACGCCCGCCAAAAAGGCAGCCGCGACUGCCCAGUCGGAACCGACAUUCGCCUCCGAGCGAAAAAUCAAGCCACCGCCGCCAAUUA